UUCGCAACCACGGAAAUUUAUUUUCCCCUCCAUCCCAGCUAGGUUUCCGAGUUCGUGUGAUUCUUUCAGCUCGCAAUCAUGGCUAUGCAAGCUGCUCUGGGUUCUCGGGUCCUGCUAAUCGCCGGAGCAGGUUAUUUCGGUACGGUUUUGAUCCAGAAAGGUAAAUUAUCAGACCUGAUCGGUGAGCUUCAGGCUCUAGUGAAGGGAAUUGAGAAAGGGGAUUCGGAUGGCGAGACAGGUCAGGCGGAUGUGCUCUCGCAGCAGGUGCGUCUAUUGGCACAACAAGUCCGACAACUCACUUCGGCGCGGCACAUAACGGUUCUGAAUACUGGUCAAUCAGGUAAUUUUACUGGUUAUAUUAUUCCAGCAGCUACAGUGGGAGCAGUAGGAUAUGGUUAUAUAUGGUGGAAGGGUUGGAAACUUUCAGAUCUUAUGUAUGUGACAAAGCAGAGUAUGACAGCUGCUGUUUCGAACUUGACAAAGCAUCUGGAGGGCGUAACUGAUGCUUUGGCUAAAGCAAAGGAACACUUAACACAGCGCAUUCAGGGUUUGGAUGAUAAGAUGGAUAAGCAGAAUGAGCUGUCUCGGAAAAUUGAAAGUGAUGUCAAUGCUAUCAACGACAACAUUCUGUUGCUUGAUUCUGGAAUGGCGAAUUUGAUAAAUUAUGUUAGCGUGUUGGAUGAGAAGCUGGAUUCACUGGAGGGCAAACAGAGUCGAGCUAAUCUUGGUAUUCAGUACCUCUGCAACUUCGUCCAGGGAAAGAAAGUGAAAAUGCCUGAGGCCCUGGAGGAAGAGUUUUUGCCAAGUAGAACUCGUUCAAUCACAUUCCAUGAUGUUUCAGGUCCCAUGGGUCUUAAGGCGCUGGACUGCUUUUCUCGAUCUACAAGUGUUCCUCCGGUAACUGACGGCAUCCAACUGAAUGGAGAAGAGCCGCAGACCCCUUCACGUCCUCUAUUGAGGUAUAACUCAGCUAAGGUUUGAUCAAGAGGCUACACAACAUGCUGGUUGUAAGACUACGUAAAAGCUAAAAUAAAAGAUGGAAGAUACUGACUGCAAAGUGUUUUCUUUAUCUAAAAGAGUUGGUUUUGCGCCUACUUAAUUCAUUGGUUGUUUGAAGUGUUGUAGCUUUCGGAUGUAUGUUGUUUUAGUAUUGUUUCAGACAUGGUUGGAUUGUGAUAUGGGAAGUUAACCAUCUAGUAUUGCAUAUAUAUAUAUGACAGAAGUUGCAUAGCUAAGGCUUUUCGUAAUCUUACGUAUGUGAACAAUGCGAAUGGGAGAAAGGGAAAGAAAAAGGACGAAGAACGCAAUGUAAUUUAAAGAUAUUAUGUAGGCUAAUUAAUCUGAACCGCAGAAUGAAAUUCAACUCGAGCCUUCUUUUAAGAAUUACUAGCUUGAACCCUGCCAGUUGGGCAGUUAGCUCUAUUAUUAUAUUUUGACAUUGAUUUUUAUUAUUUUAAUUUAUGGCUAAUUGGCUAUAUUUGAUGAUAUCCAACUUUUAGGUUUAUAAGUCCAAUUUGGAAAUAGUACGUAGUAGUCUAGCUAAAAUUUAUGACCCUUUAUAAUGGUAUACGAAUUUGGUUUGUCAGAAAAGAAAAAGAUUAUCGAUGAUAUUUCAACACACUUUACUUUAAAUCAUUACUUUGAUCAUAGCUCUAGCCUCAAAAAUCGUUCCAUCUUUGCUAAAAUCAUCAAGCAAUGUGACAAAGGUGAAUAAAUUCGGUAUAUAUUACUUCCUACCAUCUUAGUCAACAUUAUUAAAGCUUAAGCCUCCUAAGCAAAAUGCACAUGCCACAAAUCAAGCAAUGGUAGGUGAAAGCAUAUGGUUAUAUUUUCUUAUCCGUCAACUCUGAAAAGAUAUCUAAAGUUCUAGAAAUCAAAUCAUCCUUAUAGAGGUCAUCAAUGAUAGUGUCAUAUCUAGCAAUAUUAGGGCGACAACACAAACGUUGCCUUUUUUUCAAGCAACUCAGGACAUGCAUUAGUUUACCAUCUUACACGACCCAUUUAAGAUGGAGUUGUAAGUGAUGACAUCGGGUUUAUAUGCUAAAGGCACUAUCAUACUGAACAACUUUAGAGUCACAAUCAAUGAUAUAUGCAUGGAAUGCAUCACCUAAUUGAGGGUACCUUAUGUAAAAUGACAGUUCGGAGUUGUCGGUAGAUGCCAAAGAAGAAGAUGCUUGAGUUGGAGUCGAACUUGAAGGGCUAGAGUAAUUCGUCGUAACUGCACAAUGAUCUAAGACAUUUGUGUGUCAGAAAAGCGACAAUGGUAGACCAAAGCCGCUAUCAUGAAUCUGUUUAUAUGCUGCUCCUCUAGUUCGAAUUGAUUAGAUACAAAGCCUAUAACAAAAUGAACAUAAUAUCACUAUAGCAAGGAUGGUACAAAAUUUGGCGUGCUUUUGCGAAUCAAUGGCGGACGAAUCUUUGAUGUGGAGAAAAUUUCCUCGUAGUUCUUGUUACCUUCUCACUGGAGGUCCCUGCAAAGAUGCACAUACAGCCCUUUAUGCAGAACAACAAAUAAUCCAAUGACCACCAAAUCAAAGCAAACGAAAGACAUUGCAAAUUUGCAAUAAGAAAAUCUUAUGGAAUUAACCAAAAGAGGUCGAGAGCAGCGAUGAGAUAUGGUAGAAGAGCGCCCAAAAGACGGCGGAGAUGAGAGCGGGCUGCGGGGUGGUCGCCUGCGGUGGCCGAAAGCAGAAUUCACACUGUUGCGGUGCAGUUGAUUGGAAUAACAUGUAAUAGAUUAGGCUAGGGCAGGCGGGAGGUGAUUGCGGUUAUGGAUUUUGGAGGAGAGAAAGCGGCGGAAUAGUUCAGCGGAAGAACACAACGGUUUUCUCUGCGGAACGGGUUUAUUAUAGGCUGACGUGGAUAGUCUCAAAUUACAGGGAGGAGUACGUGGCAGUCGCUUAAAUCUAAAAGCCCUUUAAUAUAUUUUAAGAUUAAGA